AUGGCUCCUCUUCGUCAAGUCCACCUCGAAGAAGUUGUCUCGGUACUUGCCCAGAGGCUUGACUCGCUACAAAUCGAUUAUGCCAUUAUGGGAGGCGCCGCCGUCUGUCUCAUAGCGUCAACACCCGAGCGAGCGACCCAAGACGUGGACAUGGUCGUCCAUGUAGAUCACCAAUCGAUCACCGCAGACAAGCUCACCGAAAAGCUGAUUACUACCUUCCCGGGCGACUUCCAACAAAUACUUCAGUUAGGACACCCUAUCCCGGGCUACAAGCUUAAUCUCCCCCCGAUGGUCUUCGAUCAGGCUUCUUGGCCGCAACGACGUCAAUAUAACCUCAAGAAAGCCUCACGGCUGACGCGGGUGGUGAAGGGCCGGCCUGUUAAGUUCUUUAGUGCUGAGUGGAUCAUGCGGGAGAAGAUCCUAUCGCGGUAUCAACGACAGGGCUUCAAAUCUCAAAUCGAUUUGCAAGAUGUUGUCAACCUUUUGCGAUAUGCUCGACCUGGUCUGCCAGAGCUCGAUUUUGAUUCCGAUCAGGAGCUUCAAGCCGCGCUGACGAGUCUUCUGGAGGAGAUGCCGGCGUUGCGAAGCCGUCUCAGUGGAACUAUCAAAUGCAAGGUUGUCUUUGGCUAA